AUGACCACCGUUGGAAAGUACAAGGGACAUACUAGGCCCAACAGCAGGCCAUCAGGAGCAUGCUACAACACCAGCAAUAACUUUGGACGCGAGCAUGAAAAUCCAUUUGAAAUUGAUUUGUCGUUUCGUCCUGUGGACUUUACUGCUUUUGGAAAGUGUCGAAACCAAGGUUUUCGACAUAACUUUUCCUCCUACGCAGAGUGGGAGAAGACCUAUGGCUGUGUGCUGAGCAGUACCAGUGAUAGCAGUGACUCGGACUCGGACUCUGAUGAGGUCAAAAAUGACAACAAGUUACAGGAAGAACUUCUACGAACCACACAACUUGUCUAUAGCUAUCAGGAUGGCCGUGGAAUGGUACCAAAGUUACGGGAGCCCAGGAAUCUGUACGCCCUGGCAAAGGAAUUUGGUCCACAGCAAUCUGCUAGAUGGCCUUCCGAGAUCCAGGUCCUUGAAGAGAAGGUACGACAUAUUCGGUAUAUCCCUCCUGCUCCGGAACCGUUUUAUAAACAGCAUGGACAGGAACGCAUGCCUAUGGUGCGGGGAGAGGAACGUGGUGCCAAUCUAGUCUAUAUGUAUCAGCCCAGGUCUACCUUUUUUGUGAGGUCAAGGGUAAGAGGUUGUAGGUCAGGACCCUCGCAAUGUGCUCAUAAGAUCAAUACAGAAGAGGACACAACAUUACUGUUUGAGUCAAGAUUUGAGAGUGGGAACUUAGCCAAGGCUUGCCAGGUAGAGGGCACCAACGAUUACGAAAUGUGGCUACGCUAUGAUCUUUAUACCAACAAGCAUACACAGUGGUACUACUUCAGGGUAUCAAAUACUAGGGCUAAUGUUAAAUACCGCUUCACCAUCGUCAAUUUCAUCAAGUCAGAUAGCCUUUACAACUAUGGUAUGAAACCCUUAAUGUACAGUGAGAAAGAGGCUCAGACAAAGAAGGUGGGCUGGAUACGUUCCGGUGGUGACAUCAAGUACUACAGAAACAAUAUCAAAUAUGAAACUACCAAAGGAGAGAAGCCAUUUUAUUCCCUGACAUGGACUGUGGAGUUUCCACAUGAUCACGACACAGUUUACUUUGCUCAUUGCUUUCCAUACACAUACACAGACCUACAAGAUUACCUACUAGAUAUAUCUAAUGACCCAGUAAAGUCCAAAAUCUGUAAACAGAGAGUGCUAUGUCGGACGCUUGCUGGGAACCUUGUCUAUGUGCUCACCAUUACCUCUCCAUCACAAAACCCUGAAGACAUCAAGCAUAAGAAAGCAGUGGUGAUCACAUCUCGAGUACAUCCUGGGGAGUGUAAUGCCAGCUGGAUGAUGAAAGGUUUCCUUGAUUAUCUCACUGGUAACUCAGCAGAUGCUAAGCUUCUGCGAGAUACAUUCAUCUUCAAAAUUGUGCCAAUGUUGAACCCAGAUGGUGUGAUAGUGGGGAACUAUCGGUGUUCCCUGGCUGGCCGAGAUCUGAACAGGAACUACAAAACUGUGCUCAAGGACUCGUACCCGUCUGUGUGGCAUACAAAAAACAUGAUCAGGAAACUCCUUCAAGAGAGAGAGAUCAUUGUAUAUUGUGAUCUUCACGGACAUAGCAGAAAACAAAAUGUGUUCAUCUACGGCUGUGAAAACCGCCACAACCCGGAGAAACGCCUCCGAGAACGGAUCUUCCCUGUCAUGCUCAACAAGAAUGCUCCAGACAAGUUCAAGUUUGAAUCAUGUAAGUUCAAAGUUCAAAAGAGCAAGGAAGGGACAGGUCGAAUUGUUAUGUGGCACAUGGGCAUCAUGAACAGCUACACAAUGGAGGCAACUUUCUGUGGCUCCACCAUGGGGAAGAAGAAAGGCUUCCAUUUUAGCUUGUUAGACUUUGAGGCGAUGGGCUACCACUUCUGUGACACUUUGCUGGACUACUGUGAUCCUGAUAAUACAAAGUGUGCUAAUGUUCUGCUGGAACUGGAGGACAAAAUGAAGAGAGACAUCCUUGCCAAACUCCAGAGAGCUGGAAUCACUCCGAGUUCACCGGACGACAUUGACCUCAGCGACGACUUCAGCUCUUUAGAGUCCAGUGAUGGUGGAUCUGACAGUUCAGUAUCUGAUGGACCUCCAGUACAUUUACAGUUCGCUCCUCAAAGGGAGGAUAUACAACCGUUGAAAAAGAAGAAGAAAUUGAAGACGAAGAAAGAAAGAGACAGAGUAAGAAGCUUUAAGGAAGACACAAAGAAAGCUUCCUCUGGGGAUAGGCCAUCUUCCGACCAUGUGUGUGAUAAAAAGGCCAUGAGUGGUCAUCAAACAGCGCAUGCUAAACAGGACAAGGGAGGCAAACCUCUUGGAUUUGACUCCUCUCAGACUUCUCAGAGUAUGAAGUAUACAUCUGCUCAAAGACGCCCCAAGUCAUACGAGGAACGUCCUUCUACAACUACCUCAGCCACGCAUCAAGAAAAACUUGAAGACAAGAAUCCGCGCAGGAAUGAAUACCUUGAAGCCCUGACCAACGCCUACCUCAGGAAUGGCCUCCUGAAUUCUGAAGCAGGUGUCACCCUCCGUACCAAGAAACCAGUGGCCCCACAUUUCCGUUACUCUGGAUCCAACAAAGGUUCGCCCAAUAUGGCCUUCAGUUUGGACGGCUUGUGUCCGCAUCAUGAGCAGACGUUUGCUGCUCAGUAUAUGGCACAACAAAUACAAAACCUGCAGUGUGGAGGUAAACCGGAAACACCUAUACCUCAGAGAAAAGAUACAGAACCACUACAACAAGGGGUCAGAGGUCACCAUAAAUCCAUCAAACCCUUCCAUGAAAAAUGUAGUGACGAUAUCCUAGCUAAGUUGUUGGGAAUGCCAGAAGUUGUAGGAAGUACUUUGGUUAAGGUGUGGAAGGAACACAUGAAACGAACACGAGGACGUCAGGCCAAUAUAGACGACCUGGUGCGGUCACAAAUAACACACCAAGCCAGUAUUUCACCCAUCAAUCGUCAGCCUCUCCAGCGCCACAUCCUCGAGGUGUCUGCAGCCCAGCAGCGACAACAGGAUAUGUUACAACAGAAUCGUAAACAGGAGAACAGAUCAGGUAAUAACGUCAUUCGGAUGCACCCCAAUCCUUUUGACGAGCGCACAUCUAAACCUCCCAUAACCAUAUGUGAUGCCAGUAAAUCUGGUCGACCUCGAACUCAGGUGCCUUCUGCUACUUUCGUAAAUUAUGAUCAGUACCAUUCAGUGAAGGCCCCACCGGAGGAACCACAGGUAGAGUCAAAGGAAGUGCUUCUGAUGGAGGUAGAGAAACUGGAACCAAUCUCAGUGGACAACCAGGAGGAUGAAUCCAAAGAAGGCAAAAAACAUAAAGGAAAACAUAAAGAAAAGGGAGGUCGGAAGAGUCGGAUGGUCCCAAAUGAAACCUUGAGUGCCAAACAGGAGAGAAGGGGGCACCGCUACCGUCAGUUUAAGCGCGACAUUUACAGCGACACUUGGAAACAAAGUGAAAGUAUGCGAGAGUCUGAUGAGGAUCAUGGUCCAGGAAAUGAGGGGCCCGAUUAUGUGACUGAUCCCCACUCACGAAAGGAGCCGAGGGUGAAGUCGGCUCAGUCUACAGAGGAGGUGGACAGUGCAAUAGAAAGUAUCAAGGAACUGAGACAGUCACUUGCCACCACUGCCAUUCAGCAGAAUCUUAGUCCAACUGCUGGACUUGCAAGACGUUACAUCAAACGUCUUAUGAAGGAGACUGACCAUGAUAUAGAGGAACUGACCAAUGAAAUCAAGAAUGAUAUAGAGUAUGAGAAGAAGCUUGCCAAGAGACGAUCUGGUGCUCAGUCUGCCUCCAGUGGAUCCACUCCAGUAAAUGGAGAAUUAUCCCCCAUCUGUGAUUCCAAUGGUGUGCCAGUCCCAGACAUUGUUCCAGUACAGCGCAGUCACCAUAAAGAUUUGAUCCUACUCCGUGAAAGUAAUGGCCUUGGCCUUGGCCUUGACUUGCCAGAUGAACACCAAAAAUGGCAUCAGGACUCUUCAGUUACUCGUGAGAAAAAGUCUAGUACACGACAACGAAUGGUGACCCCUGUGGAAACAAAAACUACUUAUCCAGUUAGUGAUAGAACUCACGACCGAUCUCAGAAAUGGUCAAAUGAUUCAGGUAUUAACUACAGCAACAACGCUCAACCUCCCAUAGCUCAGAAAAAACUUUCAGAUAUGACCUUUGACCUUAGUCAGGUGCAAACAGAGGCCUCAGGCCCACAGAACAGUUCUUUGGCUUUGUCACACACUGGUUCUCAGGUAGGCAGCAGUUAUGGAGGGAGAAAGCCUGUUGGAGAGCCCCUAAAACUGGCAGAAUGUAGCAGUUAUCAUGGACAAAGCUUUGUCAAGGUUGGAAAAGGUGGGAUGAGAGCCGGAAGUGCAACCAGCAGCAGUAGUCGAGAAGAGAAAAGCAAAUACCCCAAUGCAGAUAAAUUCUUUGAGCUGACAAACCGAGCAAAAUCUGCCAAAAGUAGCCGGGGAAUCGUAGGUAAGAUGUUUCUCCGGCCGAUCAUUUCAGAGACUGUGCCGACAAAGAUACAAUUGAUGAUCAACCAAAGCCACCAAGAGGAGAAAUCUUUUGGGGGUCAGUUUCUGCCCCUAUCAAGGACAAUUAGGGCCCCAUUUUAUAGAAACAAUAAGAGAAAUUCUACAAAAUGACAAUAGAGUAAUGUUCAGGAAUAUACAGUUUAAUACAACUCAACGAUGUUGUUAAAAAGCAACUAAAUACACAGUAUGGCGUGACUGUGAUAUUACACGAUAGAAUCUCUGAGGAAGGAAGAACAGAGUGAUAUUUUGUUCAGGGAUUUGUGCACUUAUUUCUGAUCUUCCUAUUUAAUACUGACAUGUGACUUACCUGUGAUACUAGGGUCCAAUUCUUCAUACCAACCAUCUUAACUACAGGCUAUUUCUUGACCUUCAUUAAUGCAGCAUUUUAAUUAUAUUUUCUGAUACCAUCGUUAUAACCUUCCACCAGUAUUAAUGACCUGUUGUUCUACAACAGGAAUCAUUUACCACAUACUAAUACUGAUCAUAUAAUUAUAACUUAAUAUAUGUUUUGUUGUUGUCAGUGAGU